AUGAACUCACCCAACUCUGUACAGCACCGCGCCUUCGACGAGCACUCUCGUCUUCAGUCCAAACCCCAGACUCUCGACGAUAUCUACGGCGAGCCCGAGAACUUUUUGGAGAUUGAGGUCAGGAAUCCUCAGAACCACGGUGUCGCCCGCAAGAUGUUCACUGAUUAUGAGAUUGUCUGCCGAACCAAUAUCCCUGCCUUCAAGCUGAAGUCUUCGACUGUUCGCCGCCGUUACUCUGAUUUCGAGUGGUUCAGGGAUGUGUUGGAGAGAGAGUCCUCCAGAGUCAACAUCCCCCCACUGCCCGGAAAGGUCUUCACCAACCGCUUCACGGAUGAGGUCAUUGAGCAACGCCGCGAGGGAUUGGAGCGUUUCCUUCAGAUUGUUGCUGGACACCCUCUGUUGCAGACAGGAAGCAAGGUGUUGGCGGCCUUUAUUCAGGACCCUAGCUUCAGCAAGGACUACUACCACUAUUAA